GAGGCAGAGAAACAGAGGGAGAGGGAUGAUCUGGAGAGGCAGAGAAAGAGAAAGAGAGGGAGGAUUCGGUUGGGUGCUUGCGGCCGCAUACGGAACAUGAUGUCAGAGGAAUGCUCUGCGCUGCUCCUCAUAGCUGACUGGAACAGCAGCCACCUUCCUCUCUCACUCCCUCCCCGUCUCCCUUUCCUUCUGCAUCCGGCCCAGCAGCUGGAGUUUGCAGCAAAUGAAGGGAGGGGAAGGAAAGAAGGGAGCAAGGGAAGCAAAAGGGAGAGAGACAGAGGGAGAGGCAAAGUUUGGUGUGACAUAAAGAGAGGGGGAUGAGUUGGACUGGGACAGUAAAGGAGUGGGAAGGAAGGGAACUGAACAGUAGUCUGUAGAGGUUGGGCUCCGGUAAUGCAGACUGGGCUGUGGUCUGUGUACUUAGCAGGGAUCUGGUGACUGAAGGAUACAGAGGCUGCAUGGAGCAGUCAGACACCUUAGCACAGAGUGGGAAUUUGCUUACUGGCUUCAGAAUAUCCACUCGGUGAAGAUGUAGUCCAUUUGGUUUCCGUGGAGAUGUCUCUAAACAGGGCCUCCUCUUGUCGCCGCCCUCCUGCCCUGUUACUGUGGACUCUGUGGGUUCUACUCCUCCCCACGACCGUCGGCUCGAGCACGGGCCCCGGCAACAGCACCCUGCUCUUCAACAGUGCCACCCACGGCAACAGCCUGAGGAAAUGCAGCUGCUCCACCAACAUCCAGGACUGUGACGAGGCGUUGGCAAACCUGCUGUGCAGCUGCCGCACCAUGUCGCACUCAGAGCUGACCCCUGGGGGCCUGAGGGAGCAGGGCAGCUUGACCAUGUGGCUCAGAGAGCCCUGGGUCCUCACAGAGCUACUGAAUGGGAGCGUGGUGCCAGACCUGUGCCUGUCCUACUGUGGACCCGGGUCCCUGGCCAUCCCCACCCAGUACCUGGCCCUGUUCGGUCUCCGUAGGCUGAGGGUCCACAUCGCUGCCCAGGGUGCCCCACACCCGGAGCAGGUCCUCACAAUCGCCUCUGGGACUGAGGAUAUAGAGGGGAUGGGGUCCCUAGCCUCCACUGACCCUUCAUCUUCUAUCCUCCAUGUAUCCUUCCUGGAUGUAGCGCUGCUUAAUGGCUUGUCGUCCCUAAAGGCCUACAGUGUGAGCGCCCCUCCCAUGCCCACCCUCUCCCAGUACUUCCCCCACCUGCCCCUGUACCCCUCCACUGCCUUGGACCAGCCCCUGUACCCCUCAACCCCUCUGGACCAGCCUCCUGACCCUCAACAGGACUGCCUCUUCACCUUCAUCUACUAGACCUGUAGGCUCUGAGCAGAGAGCAGGGCUGGGUCAGUCCCUCAGCUAAAUAGAUCUAUGGAAACUAGACUGGGCUGGAUGGAUAACACUGAAGUGGUAAGUGCAAGAGCUCCAUUCACCCUGAUGUUACUGAAUGGGCUUGAUGUGCAGAGAGCUAUGCUGCUUUUCAAUGUGUUUCUAUAUAAUGCGAUUCUACGUUACAAAAAACUCGAUUCCAAUAUCCACAAGAAGACUCUGGACAAGACAAGACAACCAUCUUUCAGUAUCAAUGCAAGAGCGAGGCAGAGAAGAAGAGAUGGAAAGAGACAGAGAACGAGACAAGGACGGCAUCCGUCUGCUGCUCUAAAGACUAACAGAAAGCUUGUUAUGAAUGCUAACUGUUAUGAAUGCUAACUGACAGUUAGCAUUCAUAACAGCAGGCCUACAAGCUAACUGUCAGAUAGCAUUCAUAACAGCAGGCCUACAAGCUGUCAGAUAGCAUUCAUAACAGCAGGCCUACAAGCUAACUGUCAGAUAGCAUUCAUAACAGCAGGCCUACAAGCUAACUGUCAGAUAGCAUUCAUAACAGUAGGCCUACAAGCUAUCUGACAGUUAGCAUUCAUAACAGCAGGCCUACAAGCUAACUGUCAGAUAGCAUUCAUAACAGCAGGCCUACAAGCUAAGUGUCAGAUAGCAUUCAUAACAGUAGGCCUACAAGCUAUCUGACAGUUAGCAUUCAUAACAGCAGCCCUACAAGCUAACUGUCAGUUAGCAUUCAUAACAGCAGGCCUACAAGCUAACUGUCAAAUAGGAUUCAUAACAGCAGGCCUACAAGCUAUCUAGCUAUCUAACUGUCAGAUAGCAUUCAUAACAGUAGGCCUACAAGCUAACUGUCAAAUAGCAUUCAUAACAGUAGGCCUACAAGCUAUCUAACUGUCAGUUAGCAUUCAUAACAGCAGGCCUACAAGCUAACUGUCAGUUAGCAUUCAUAACAGUAGGCCUACAAGCUAUCUGACAGUUAGCAUUCAUAACAGCAG